AGGCCCAGUCGCUUACCAUACAUCGCGGGGAGCGGACGUGUUAUCGCUCCAUUUGUUAUUUUUUCUAGCCUCAAUAACCCCAGUGUUGUGAUGAUAUUAUGUGUAUAGAGUUUAAGUGAUUCUAGUGAACAUGUGCAAAGGAUGACAUUUGGAUGUGACCAUUUACAUCGUCGCUACGAAACUCUCAGAUAAAUGUAGUCAAUCGUGAUAUCGUGUGCGAUAAAGACUGAUAAUAAACAAUCGAAUGGGCCACCAGUUUGGACGCAGUGUUAAAAAUUUAUUUUCGGACUAUAAUGAUUAAGGAUUGAUACAUAAAAUGGAGAGGAAAUUGACUCGUGAGGAUUUUAUGCGGAGGAGUUUCCGCGCGCCGAGAGUGUCGCCUGCGCCGGAACCGACGGCCGCUGUCAACGGCGCGCCGCCACCUUCCCCCGUCUCAUUGUCAAUGUUGGAACGAACGCCACAGGCUCCUAGAACGGAAUACGAGGUCACAUCGGCUGGUAUAGCACCCAAAAGGUUAGAGAUAAACCGAACUCAUCCCAUACACCUCAAAUCGUUCGCAGCCGAACCGCCCGACGACAAUGGCCCGACCCCACCUUCAGAUGACGUAUUGAGGAAAUUAGAAAGACAAAUAGGUGAAAUGGAACGCGGUCUCGAAAGGGCGCAAAACGGGACAGUUAAAGUCGACGAAAGGGUGCGAUACGCCGAACACGAGAACUUGCUCCGCACUGGGGUGUCAGCGGUUGGAGGUGGCGGUUACCUACCGGCCGAUUCCGAUACAGAACACGACUCGGUUCCGUUCAAUAGAAAUGAAACUACAAGAAGUAGUACGGGAGCCGCUGCGCCUGCAACUAGACCGGCAACUCGACUGUCUAGAACGAACUCGGACACGCAGCAGCACAACACUGUCGCUGCUACGGCGCGUCUGAUGAGGAAACUAGCAGACGGUGGCACGAAGGAUGAGAAAUCGAAGGUCAUAUCAAGGAAGACGAUUCAAGCGAGGAUGGAGAGGGUGAAGAACUCCGUGGUGGGAACGAAGCACGAGCACAGGGUGUUGGCGGAGCACAGGGCGGAGCCUGCCAACCCAAAGAGUCCCACGUCGCCGGUCUCGCCACGCUCUUCAGUACAGAGCGCGUCAGAGAACUCGGCGGGCGCGGGCGGCGGCGGCUCGUCGGGCGGCAGCGCCAGGGUCUCGUCGCGCUCCAGGGCCUCCGAGGAGCCGCAUAUCGGCAAGUACAAGCUGCUGAAGACCAUCGGCAAGGGCAACUUCGCGAAGGUGAAGCUGGCGAAGCAUGUGCCCACCGGCAAAGAGGUGGCCAUCAAGAUCAUAGACAAGACGCAGCUGAACCCCAGCUCCCUGCAGAAACUGUUCAGAGAGGUGCGGAUAAUGAAAAUGCUCGAUCACCCCAACAUUGUGAAACUGUUCCAAGUUAUCGAAACAGAAAAAACACUGUACCUCGUGAUGGAGUACGCGUCUGGUGGCGAAGUGUUCGACUACUUGGUGCUACACGGGCGCAUGAAGGAGAAGGAGGCGCGCGCCAAGUUCAGGCAAAUAGUGUCCGCAGUGCAGUACUGCCAUCAGAAGAGGAUCAUACACAGGGAUCUCAAGGCGGAAAACCUGCUGCUCGAUGGCGAGAUGAACAUAAAGAUCGCGGACUUCGGGUUCUCGAACGAGUUCACGCCGGGCGCCAAGCUCGACACCUUCUGCGGCUCGCCGCCCUACGCCGCGCCAGAGCUGUUCCAAGGCAAGAAGUACGACGGCCCCGAAGUGGACGUGUGGUCGCUGGGCGUGAUCCUGUACACACUCGUGUCGGGCUCGCUGCCCUUCGACGGCUCCACGCUGCGCGAGCUGCGGGAGCGAGUGCUGCGGGGGAAGUACAGAAUACCUUUCUACAUGUCAACGGAUUGCGAGAAUCUACUCAAAAAGUUCCUCGUGCUGAACCCGGCGAAGCGGGCCUCCCUCGAGAGCAUCAUGCGCGACAAGUGGAUGAACACGGGCUAUGAGGACGACGAGCUGCGGCCGUACGUCGAACCACAGCAGGACUUCAAGGACCACAAACGGAUAGAGGCGCUCGUGUGUCUGGGCUACAACAGGCAAGAGAUCGAAUACUCUCUGGCGGAGGCGAAGUACGAUGACGUAUUCGCCACAUACUUGCUGUUGGGAAGGAAAAGUACCGAUCCCGAAUCGGACGGCAGCCGGUCCGGAUCGUCUCUGUCGUUGCGGAACGCGGCCGCGCCCGGCCAGCCGCAGCCGGCGCAGCAGGGCAACGCGCACGCCGGCGGGUGCGCGUCGCCCUCGCACCGCGGCGUGCAGCGCAGCAUCUCGGCCAGCGCGCGCCCCGCCGCCUCGCGCCGCGCCUCCUCCGGCGCCGAGGUGUUGCGCGCGCAAGUUGGCACGACGAGCUCAACGGCUAACAACACCACGUCCACUGCCACCACCACUACGUCCAAUUUUAAAAGACAGAAUACCAUUGACUCAGCAUCUAUUAAAGAAAAUACCGCGCGGAUCGCUCUAAUGCAGGUGCAAAACACAACGCGGCCGACGAGCGCCCAGCCGAAGUUGGAGCCCCGGCCGCGCAUCCUGUCGAGCGGCGCGCGGCGCUCCGAGCACGCGGCGGCGCACGCGACGCACGCGGCGGCGCACCCCGCGCACCAGGCGCCCAAGAUGUCGCCGCCGCACGACACGCCCAGUCAAGAGACUAAGAACGGUGCCGAGAACGGCAAGCCCGCGCCCAGUGCGUCCACUGCGAACAAGACGCACGUGAAAAGUGCGUCCAUUUCGUCGGCCACCGGCGCCGCGCCGCUGGGCGAGCCCGCGCCGCACAAUGCGUCCGCGCGCGACCUGGCGCAGCCCCGACCGAGCCUGAACUCGACGCUGUCGACGGGCGGCGCGGUGGGCGCGACGGGCGCGGGCGCGACGGCCAACUCUGCGGGCGCGCGCCGCGACUUCUCCAACAACAACCCGCUCGUGUUCCCCAGGAAUGUGCCUUCCAGAUCUACUUUCCACUCUGGUUGUUCGCCCACAGGCCAGACGCGGUCGCGCGGCGGCAGCGCGGGUGGCGCGUACGGCGACGGCGGCUCGCCGCACCAGGCGCGCCCCUCGUUCUUCUCCAAGCUCUCCUCGAGGUUCUCCAAGCGGUUGAAUCAGAACCCCUGAGGCCACGUGCGCGCGCCGGCGGAUUGGAGGAUUUCUUUUUUUAUAUAUUAUAGAUAUAAAAUUAAGAGUUAAUUAGAGAAAUAUUGUGCAAAUUGUUAUGCUUAAUUUAUGAAUUAUGUAUAGUUUUAUCGGUUGCGAUUUGUUUAUCCGUUCUGCGAAUACGCGAUCUGCGAUGGCACAUUGAAAUUUAGCUAAAAUACAUAUUUGCAUUUAUGAGUCAUUCUUUUGUUUCUGUAUUUAGGUACGCCGUUUUGAGAAAUGCUAUUGGUUAAUAGCAGCGUUUUACCUGAAAUAAAACGCAUAUUAAAAUACUUACCUCACUGGAAACUUUAUAUUGAGAGUAGCAUUUCCGUUUCCGUCGAUUUCAUACCAGUUUUCGUACUUUUAUUGACGUCACGUCGGGCUAUGUGGCGCCACCUGGCGGUGUCGGGCUCGGGAAGUUUCGUAAAUCGCUGAGCGCGACUUUAGCUCAUUGGCUCAAUAUAUCACCAGGCAGGAAUUACUUAAAGUUUCCAGUGAGGUAAGUAUUUUAAUAUGCGUUUUAUUUCAGGUAAAACGCUGCUAUUAAAAUAUUGACCGUAACUGGAAACUUUAUAUUGAGAGCCUGUUUGUUUUCGCCUGGUGACGCCACAUUAUGGUAUUAUUUCGCCAAUGUGAUUAUUAAAAUAAAACUUUUUAUAACAAUAUUAUCUCUAAUUCGAUUAGGCUUUAUUUAGAGAACAAGCUAUUAACGAAGUUUGACUUACUGUGUCUGUGCAUAAUAAAAUAUUCCAUUUUGUUGGAAUGUAGCAAAAAUACAUGUCUACGGUACAAUGGUAGCCAGUAAUAAGUAUCUAUUGUCUGUGGAUAUUAUUUAUUCAAACUGUCAACUCUUUGACAUUCAAGAGUCAUUAUAUGUCAUCAGCUAUUUACUAUAUUUUACAAAUAUUAAUAAAUAGAACAGUUAGCAGUGCUUAACGUGUUUUCGUUCAUCUCGCGACUCCAACUCUCAGCACAUUCAAAAAUAAAUCAAUGAACUAAAAACAUACCAUACAUUUUUUGGAUUGGAGUUCAAUACUUUUAAUUUUAGGGAUUUCAUCAUAUAAUUGAUAUUCACACUAAAUUAUUUAGGAAAAACACUGCUGACCGAUAUAGUCGUUAUGAAGAUUUCUUACGUGACGUCUUUACUCAUUCUGCUAUAACCAUAUGCGGGGCGGUUUUUUAAAAAAAUUUAUUACAAAGAAAUUAAUAUUAAUUCUUGCUGCAUUUAGUCGUAGUGGAUAGUUAUUUUAUUUAAUAAUGAAAUAGACUUAUUAUUUCCUAAAAAAAAAUUAUGAUAGUGAUUAUUUUAUUUACAAAUAAUUUCCGGCCAGAGUAAAUACUUCUAUCGGUUUUUGAGCUAAAUUGCGGCCAAAAUUGAAUAAAAUCAUCAGAUUUUAUACUAUGUUAUCCCUAUAAUAAGUAAUGUUAGGUCAUAUACACGCCUUUCAGAGUGUACCCACAAAAAUAUAACUAUUGAAAAAAUAACUUAUUAAGAAGUUACUGACAUUCCAAACUGGUGGCAUGGAAUUUUUAGGCUUUCUUAACAAUUUGGUAUGAAUUUAAGGAUAUACUUUACAAAGUUAUUGAUCUCUUAAGUAGGUUACUUGAAGAUUCUAGAAACUAAAACUGAGUCAGUUCUUAUACAUUAGGUCAUAUAAUGUACUAAAACUUUUACUUUUAGACAAACACUACACAAGCCGAUUUUUAAGUUUUGACAGGAAAUUAAAAAUAAUUUCAGGUUUUCCCAUAUUUCUUGAAGACUCCCUCUAACAGUUUUGUAACUGCUAAGUCCGUUGUCGUGAUUAUAAUAAAUUUGUCUUCAUUCUAUAGAAUUAUCGGUACUGCUAGCACUCGGAAUCUGAGAGAGAUCCAAAUGACAUAAGACUUACUCUUAUCAAGGCUAUUAAAUAUAUUCCUGUCAACCGAUUCUGAUGAUUCUCUGAGAACCAGUGUAAGUGGUGGCGAUACCAUAAAGCAAGUGGGAAAUUCCCUAUACACACUGUACACAUCGUAUAAAACAACUUGAGCGUAAGUUACAUCUCGGGAUACGUACAAGUAAUCAUGGACUACGUGUACCUUAUUUAAUGAGUCAGAUCAGAAUAGAUCAGUCACCGACAUACCCUAUUUCACAAUCACUUUUUCUAUGCUACAGUAAUGAAAGCGCCAAGUAUGGAAGAUGGCGAUGUUGUAUAACAAGUGAUUUGCAUGCUUGUUGUUCCUGCCUCGUAUACUAUUGUGUACUGUUGUGAACUUAGUGAUAGUCUAAUUAAGGUUACUAGACAAAGAUCUUGCAAUUUUAACUGUUAUAUUCUAUAUUUAAACUCAUUUCUCUUUUCCUCCGUAAUAUGUAACGGCAGUCAUUUUGUCCAAUUGAAUGUUGCUUAGGAGGUGAGUUUCAUUCUAGGGACAUAUACGAGUAGUAUGACAUACAUUUCCUUUUUAUUGGAAUGCAGUACCUAUUCCUCUCGUGACCAUGAAUACCUCAGAGGGUGAAUGUUUAGUAACGCUGCCCAAGCGUGGUCAAAGGCAUCUGCUACUAACAAAAACACUGGCUGAGGGUGUCAGUGAAGUAGGUAGCUAGCAGUCUGAUUAUAUUAAACAAGGUCAUUCAUUCAUUCAAUGGUAACGGGCAAGUUUUCGUUUUCGAUGUUGUCUACAUUUACGCUUCGUAUUAUUUUCUUAGUAAAUGAUAAAAUUGUCGAUUCUUAAUUCUACAUAUCUCUUACAAAACAUGCUGCGAAUUCGAUAGCAUUGAGAAAGUAUUUGAGAAAGAGAUAUGCAUAGUUCAAAUGACAAGGAAGUAAUGUCCAACAAUUCCCUGUAGCACCUUUGGGAUUUUAUUACAAACACAUGCAAGUAGGCUUGUGUCUAUUCUUCAAACUGAGUGUUUGAUGCUGUGCGUAUUUAGCAAGUGGAAAUGAGGUUAAAUAUUGGUCCGGCUUCAGUAUUAACAACAGAGCAUGGUGCUUUUAUGAUCCUUUGUAUUUCAUUAAGUAGACAAUUGUUGAUAUUUCUUCCAAAACAGGAGUGUGGAACGAUGUUCCAUAUAGAUUAAGAAAAACACGAGGUUAUUCGAGAGAACGGUAGGAGAUAACCUCAGAUUAACCUCUGUACGUUUCUGGUGCCACCAUUUUCUCCCAUUGAAAAAGGUGGUGAAAAAGGUGGCUAAAAAGACCGCUUGAAAUGAAGUCUAUCUCAAAAUACUUUAGGUUUUCUGGAUGCAUUAAACUUUAAAGCAUACAUAAUACCCUUGAUGGGCCUCGAGCCCCUGAAAAAGGAUUCAUUUAGAAUCCUUUGUUUUAGUAGAAAUUUAUAUGUUACCGCUUAUGCGUUUUUCUACAUUCGCUAGGUGACGGAGGGUAUCAUAAUAUGUUUUACCUUUUCGUUUGUUUCUAAGUUUUAUGAAACCUGGAGUAUGGUUAUAAAUUUUGCAAAUAAUAAACUGUAUACAUCCAGUAAUACCUUUAGAAAACUUUGAUGUAUUCGGAAAAAUAAUGUUUCCUGCCUUUAACCUCUAUACCAAAAUGUACAUGAUGUUUUAAUCUGACGCUUUCAUUCAUCAGAUUUUUACGCCAUUGUUACAAAGUAAUUAAUUCACCCAUUGGUUACAAAUCUAGUUGGCCUAUUCACUAUUUUGGUCUUUAUUAUCAACCUAUAUCAAUUGGAAAAAUGUCAUUUACCUACUGUGGGAUAUUCACGAGUAAGCAAUAAAUGACAUUUUUACAUAGAAACUCAAUUUUGUAUAUGUCAACUAGCAAACGUAAAAGAUAGUGAGUCAGCCUGCAAGGGCUUUAGGACAUUAGUUUCUUGUACAUUGUUGAUAAACACCCUGCGAGAGUGUAUUAUAAUGAUCAUACAAGCAAGGCUGCGCAAGCGUUCCAAGCGAUGGAAUCUUAACAUUUUUCAUGCAUUACCCUCGCGAGGGGUGGCGAUCACACACACACGACAUCGACAAGGGUAUUUGAAUAAUUUAUAUAGAUAGAUAAGAUAUUCGUAUCCAUACAUCGUUGAUAAACACCCCGCGAGGGUGGAUUGUAUUGAUCAUGCAAGCAAGGCUGUGCAUGAACGUGUGCGCAUUACAGAAAUGUAUAUUCCGUGUUGUAUGUUCCACGCGAUGGAACAUUACUCUUCAUGCAUACGUCCGCGACGGUGGCGAUCAAGGACACCGGUAUUUGAAUAAUUUAUAUAAAGAGAUAAACACCCCGCGAGGGUGGGUUGUAAUUAUCAUGCAAGCAUGGCUGUGCAUGAGCGUUUGCGCAUUGUAUGUAUAUUCCGUGUUGUGUGUUCUACGUGAUGAAAUUUCAACACUAUUCGGGCCUUGCCCAUGCGAGAGGCGGCGAUCCUCAGUAUUUGACUGGAAAUACGUCUAGGAAUGUUAACACUUUCUAUAACCUCGUCCCCAUGAGGGGCGGUAAUCUAUUAGUCCGGUAUUUGACUGUGCAAAUACGUCUAGGAAUAUUUAAACUUUCUAUACCUUACUCAGUAAGUUGGUUUUGCAAAUACGUCCAGGAACGUUAAAAAACUGUGUAUACCUUGCCCCCGCGAGGGGCGGUAAUCUAUUAGACCUAUAUUUGACUGCGAAUGUGUCCAGCGACGUUAACAGUGUCUACGCCUUGCCCCUGCGUGGGGUGGCGAUUUAUAAGGCCAGUAAUUUACAUCCAAUCAAAAUUCCUGAGCUAAAUUCUGGCGGGAUUUGUGAACCUUUUUUCAAUGCCGGUUUGAAUUGGAGUAACAAUAUGUUUGAGUAACUUCCAAAAACUCUUUGUCUAACUUGUCUUCGAGCAUUCGUAAUUUAUGUACUCCUCUGAAACGAAAGCCAUUGGCCACGCGUUCGUUUUGCAGUAUAUAUGUUAGACAACAGUCUAUUGCUAGAACGUUCACUUUGGUUUCUGAGUUCACAUUUUUAGGAAGCCCGCUGGGCCCCGCCACUUUUAAUACUAUUUUAACUGUUGAAAAAUAACUACAAAGAAAAUAUUAUUACAUGCAAGUACGAAAACAUUUGCAAAAAAGCAAGACUUUCAAACACAUGAAGUAGUGAUCCGAACGGAAAAACCGUUAAAAUAAUGAUCACGUACUAUUUUCAAAUGAAAUUUGAAAUUUUUACAUAAUUUAACGUUAAUUACAUUAACGUUGUAUGUUACAACGUAAUAAUUACAACGUAAUAAAAUAUAAAGUACUCACAGCGAAUUCACUUCACUUAUUACACUUUAUCUUGCAAUGUCGGGUACCAACUGAUUGCAAGAUGUUGCUUCGACGGUAAACAAAACGCCAAUGAGCUAAAGUCGCGCUCAGCGAUUUACGAAACUUCCCGAGCCCGACACCGCCAGGUGGCGCCACAUAGCCCGACGUGACGUCAAUAAAAGUACGAAAACUGGUAUGAAAUCGACGGAAACGGAAAUGCUACUCUCAAUAUAAAGUUUCCAGUUACGGUCAAUAUUUUAAUACAUCUCUAAUGACUAGAUCCAAAAUCACACAGUUGUGAUUUUGGAUGCCGUGUUAAUAUAUCUGCAAUUUGCGUAUAAAAGUCUUAUGCUAGCCUUCCAAUAAGUAAACGCACCUGCAGUGCUAUCGGCAGUACGUUCGAUAAAAUUGAUCGUGUGUUAGUCGCGAUCUGCAUGAUGUCAUGCACAUCGGAUGCCCUGCCGAUAGCGCUGCAGGCACGUAGACUUAUUGCAUGGUGAGUGACAAGCAUUAUUACUGCAUUCCGCAUUAUUACGUUAUUAUUUUUCCAUUCCAUCUUUCUGUUCAUUUUAAAUCUUUUAUUUAAAUGAAACAUAAUGAUAAAUGUAUGAUAUUCCUUUUUUUUAAUUACUUAUACAUUCUGAAUGGUGGAUAAACAGAUUGCGAUCGGUAACAAUUUGUGAGUUUACUUUUUUUUACAGUAAAAAUUAAUAUUAUGAACGCUAAGGUUAACUGUCGACGUCCCAUUCGAGUUCGGUUUAAAUAUCGUAUUAUUAAUUUAACAUCGCGGCGACACUUCCGAUGCAUUUUAUAUUGUUAAAACUUUCUUUUGGACCAAUUGUUGUAACAUGAUUACCUAUUUUGUAAAGUUUUUAAAAUCUGACAGAGAAACAUAGAUGAAAAAUUCGAAACUAAUCUUAACGUACUUAAGUAUAUGCACGACUGUAUCAUAUUGUUCUUCUUAUUCAGAUGUGAUUAGAAAAAGUAUUUUGUUUUUUAGUGAAUAACUUCAAAAUUAAACAAUAAUCCAAUAUUUGUUUUGUAACUCAAAUGGCUUUGUAACUCAAAUUUGUUGAAUACGGUAUGUAUUCAACAAAUUUUGCCAUUUUCACCAAUAUUUUUAUAUUUUCAAAAUUACCUUCUUAAAUAUUUAUGUAAAUUAUAUAUACAUAUAGUGUAACAGUUACAAAGCCAUAUUGGCGACAAGUUUAAUUAAAAUAUUGUCAUUGAUAUGUUGACCUCUUAAAUAAAUGGUUCAUAGACGUACUGUCUAUGAACCAUCAUAUAAUACCAUCAUAUAAUCAAUGCGAUAUAGAAAAUUUCGCAAUUAUUAUAUUAUAUAUUGUCGAACUAAUGUCGAAUCUAUAUGAAGUCCUUAGUCAUGAGCUUUUUUAUGCAACUAAGUGAAAUACAAACUCAUUCAAGAUUAUAAUGUUGUAAUACAAAGCUUAAUAACCGACUUCACAUCUUCAAAGGAGAUUCUUAAAUCGUCGAAAUCUUUUUUUUAAUACUAAAGUUGUUAUUUUAAUGAUAUAAUAUGCACCGGAAACCUAGUCCCGUCGCGCGUCGCAUUUCAUUUGUAGCAUAUAAGACAUUAUCUGUUCUUGUUUCGAACGAAUUUUUUACAUUCCAGGGAUUUCUUUUUAGUUAAUAAUGAACCCUUUGAAAUUGAGUACAUUUUGCGUUCACUGGAAAAGUUGCUACACGUCUAAUUACCUGAUUUGACAGAUUGUCUAAUUGCAGACCAUUUCAUAUAGGUAGAUAAUGUAAAAAGAAAAUGAGAAUAUCAGUCAAAAAUAUGUCAUGAGCAUAGCUGUUUAAGUGCCACAAACUUUUCUGACCUGGUGGUCAGAAUUGGAACUAAUGGAGGUCGCCGGUAAAAAUAUAAUAAAAGCGCGACAGCCAAGGGUCAGAUUUGGCACUAAAUUCUUGAAAAUUAUAUGAACAAUUCAUAAGCGAGGUGCCAAGUGAAAAAAAGAAAUAUUCGUGUAUAUUUAGCGAAGAAUUCUUGGUCAUCAGAAGAUUUUACGCGUUAUAUUUAAAAAAUAAUAAUAUUUUCGGCUAACUUGUUAGCAUCCUCUGUGAACGCAAAAGUUAAGUGGCCGUUAGAAUACAUUAUAAAUAGGACCCUUACCAGGACACUGCUACCAGCAUUGUAUUCAGUACAACUUUUGAUUCAAAUUACUCUGCACUAAUUAAUCUUCCUAAUUAACUAUUUAUCCUGUAUCUCUAAUAGGCCGUUUAGUCGGGUUCGAUAUGAUAGCACAAAGUUUUUUUUUUUUAGUAAUUAUUGUAUUCAUGUAUUUUCGGACGAUUCAGCCUAAAUAGUGACUUUGACUGAAAAAUAAAUAAAAAUAGUUUUGUAUAUUUGUAACGUUAUACACAUUAGGACAUAUUGUAUUUCUUAAGGUGGAGACAUUCUUACAACACGCUGCCUGAUCUGGUGCAAAAAACUAUGAUGAGAUGAGAUUUAAACUGCAACUUGCGACGCUAAAUUUGAUUCUACUUGGCACUUGUUCAGGUUGCAUGUAAUUGGGGUGUCUCCACUCUUAUUUUGACACAUUUUCGAUUGUCGGUCAAUCGUGCAUUAAACAUCUUACACCCUGAAAAUUCUUAUAAAGAAAUGAAUAAAGAAGCGUAUUUAGUUUAAACCUUACAAAUAGUACGUACUCUACAUAUUGACAAAUCGGACCAAAAUUACAACAUGGUAAUUUAUAGGUUUGCGCAUUUAAACUAAAGAACAAAAUUUUAACUUAUAGGUUUGCAAAUAAACGUGUUCAUUUAAAUGAAAGAAUUCCACACUUAUAGGUUUCAAAAUAACAUUCCCAUUUAAACGGUAGAACAACUAGCUAACUUAUAGGUUUGCGAAUUGACUUGCGAAUUUAAAUUAAAGAACAGCACGCUAACUUAUAGGUUUGCAAAUUGACUUGCACAUUUAACCGAUAGAACAACACGCUAACUUAUAGGUUUGCAAUGCGCAUUCAAAGUACAUAAAAACACGCUAACUUAUUGGUAUUUAAAUUGAUAUACGCAUUCGAAUGAAACACGUUAACUUAUAGGUUUGCAAAUAGACUUGCUCAUUUAAACGAAACAUCAAUACGCUAUCUUACUGGUGCGUUAUUUGCAUUAUAAUCGCGAAUUCUAAUACAUUUCUUUAUUCGUAACGUGCUCGCAUUACAUUUUGUUAUCAUCAGCGUUAUUAAUGUACCAUUGCUAGCAUUAUUUUGUCCAUUUAAGAGGUUAAUAGAAUUAAAUACCGUUCGGUAUAUAAAUUUUUCUUUUGCUAUGAGAAAGGAGGUACAGUGUAAAGCUGAUGAUGCGAAAAAAAUCAAUAUCGGCUUCUUUGUAUAAGUACAGUGUAAGUAGUACCGAUCAAAAUGUUUCAGGUUGUAAGGUUAUGUCUUUACUAUCGUUGGUAUGUAUGGAAGAAAUAUUGUCUUCUUUGAAUUAUUUGUAUAGUAAAAGUAAAAAUGCAAAUAAUAUGAGUAUAUUUUUCAAAAUGGCCCAAAAGUACUUGUUUAGUAUCAUUGAUAUAAGCACAAACAGAGAUACACGGUGUCACCUAGAAUUUCUUGAUUUUUGUCUAUUUAAUACGUACAUUUUACCAUAAGUCGGCCUAUCACUCUUUAUUUUAAGUAUUAUUUAUAAUUUUAAGUUUAGUAAACUAUAAAAUAUUUUUUUUUUAUUACUUCAAUUUGAAACUUACAUUUGACAGCCAGUUGCAAAAGCGUUCGCAUUUUGAGUUACAAUGAGCUUUCUGGGUAUCUUUGGUUUCUUAUAUCAGUGAUUGGAAUACUGUAGAGCGAGUGAGAUAACUGUAUGUAAUAUAAUAGGUUCAUAAAUGAUUAGUAAUAGAUGGUACAUAUAGUUCGUGGCCCAUCCCCUAAAAAUGGUACAAAUACUCAGUAGAUAUUACCAUGUAGGAAAAUGGAUGUUGUUGCAGCUCUUUAAAACAAUUGCAAUUUAUUUAAAACAAUUGCAAAGUGUAAAUUUGGUGCUAAUUCGGUGUACACUUAACUUAAAAUUGACAGUAUGAAAUUUAUUGAAAUUGACUUCAAAGAUUUCUCCGGUUUUAUACUAAAAUAUACUACUUUACUGGGAAAUGUAGUUCUAACUUUUUCUCACUUUUCUGUUAUAAAGGUUGCCAACUAAUUUCUAGCUGUAAAUCUAGCAUUUUAGUGAUCCCGGACGGCGGACUAGGCAGAUUGUUGUUAGUUCAAUACGCUUAACUAAAACUACACCACUCUUACUGGUAAAACUACAUCAGUCUUACUGGUAUAAUUACACCAAUUGUACUGGUAAAAGUUCACCAGUAUGAUGGUAACAGUACACUAGUUUUACUGAUAAAACCAUACCAGUUUAACUGGUAAAACUAACUCAGUUUGACUAGUAUAUAAAUACUCUAGCAUUUUUUUUUGCCCAAAACGAUGCGACGAAAGAAAAUCUUAUUCAAGAUAAAAUGAAAGUUUUAUGUUCAUACGAAUUGGCACCGUAAUUUCUAUACGUAAAAACAUUAUUGAUACUUAGCACCUUUUAAAGCGGGGCUUUAUUAUGUUUAUAAAUCCAAAUUUAGAUAUUUACAGGGUGUAUUAAAAUAUAUCAGAACAAACUUUUUGUUUGAUUCAAAAAACUGAAUACGUAAAUAAUACUAUAAAAUCCGUAACUCAAAAGCACAAUUCGGUAUUACUUAGAUAUAACACAAAAAAUACUAAAAGUAACAGUAACUAUUAAUAGCAGUAAUUUCAGGUGUAUCAAAAUUUAACCAUUAAUUAAAUUAAGAUUAUAGGGUUGUUAUUUUCACUAUAAACAUUGAGAUGGUGUUGUCUGGUCACCACUAAUAUCGCAAAAAUAAAAUCGUUGAACCUUUGUUAGUUGGAAAUAAUUUUGGUUUUGAUUAUGUUGGUAUAUUUCAAGGUAUCCUGUAAUAUAUAACCAUAUUUUAUUAUCAUUCUGCGUAGUUUAAUUAAAUUAACACAAUUUUUACUUGUCACAGUAUAGGAGUUUACUGAGUGUGUGUAUUACAUCACAUCAAAUGACUAUUUGGUACUGAAUUAUAUAAAACUACUGGGUAUUUUAAAAAAGUACUGGUCACUUUAAAAAAAAAAAUAUGCAAUUUGAAAAACAAAGCAAUUUAACAGUUUUAGCUACGUAGAACGAUAUUAAAGUUUCAAGCAUAUUUUCAUAUUGACGUGUACAGAGUUAUCUAAAAUUAUUCUUAUAUUAGGUAAUAUUAUUAUAGAAAAAGUUAUCAUUUUUUUGUAGUUAAAUGGCACUUUCAACUUUCAAUGAUUUAAAUCAGAUUUAGAAUAUUAUUUGUAUAAAGAAUAAAAUAUAAUUCUAUAAGUUAAGUAAAUAUUUUUUUAUAUAUAUUUUCUAACGUUAGUAAUGUUAGUUAAUAUGUACAUAUGUGUACGUUUGAAUUUAGUAUGGAAGAGUGUGUAACAAAAUUGACAUUUUCUUUGUUUAUUUACACAGUGUAUACUGGACAGGUAUUAUUUAUAUUUUAAUCAUUAUUACAACAAAAUUUAUAAUAUAUUGAUAUAGACAUCAUGAGCAGUGUGCAGUAUUCAAUUUUUUAUUUUAAUAAAAUGUCAAAAUCGUAGGUGCUCCCAUAGGAAAUUAGUUUAACACUUUUGUUUCAAAAACACGAAAGUAUAAUAUUUAUUGGUCUUUUUGGCAAUUUUAUUGGUGUGAUAUGGAUAUUGAAAUAGACUUAAGAAGUUCAUUUAAAGAUACUAUUUAAAAUUUUUGAAAAACAACCUAUUUUGGACGAAUUAUAUAAUUAUCGACAUUUAGCAAAUCUCACGGUGACAUUGUCUUAUUUACGAGUAUAUAUAAAAGUAUAAUAUUAACAUAGCGUUAUCUUUUUUGCAUUUCUUUUUAUUAUAAGAUUAAAAUGAAAACCUUUUUUACUGAAAGUUAUAGAGCAUUCAUAGAAACAUAAAAGUGAGUUCAUCAUGAGUAACAUAUUGUAAAACUUCAUGAAAUAUGACGCCAUUAUUUAAUAUUGCUAUAAACAUCAGGUUUAUAAGUCAUGAUUAUAAAAUGAUUUAAGUGUCAAGUGAUUAUGCGAGUCGUCAUGACAUAUUACAUUUAUACAAGCAGUAUCUAAAUGUACCAUUACACUCAAAUAACAUUUUAUAACAUGUUUAACAGUUUGGACUCAAAUAAAAUACAGUGAUAAUAAUAUACAUUUUUUUUUGAAUUGACAUUUCCAUAAAUAUUUGCUUUACUUUUAAGUUCCAUAUAUGUUUCACGUGCUUUCUUUAUUUUGUUUGUAUAAUUUGUUGUUGAUAUUUCAAUAUUGAAAAUGACAUACUACAAGUAUCUUAUUAUUUUUUUUGAAGUAGUUCACAAAUAUUUUUGUUUUGUUAAGAACCACAUACACACUAAAAUUUAUAAUUUAUUAUGGGCAAGAUUUUUUUAAGUUUAUGAAUAAUUCUAAGUUUAACAUUCAUAGGAACUGAGACUUAUGUUAGACAAAAUAUAUGGCAAUAUGACUAGUCUUAUUGACAUAUAUUUAGGAACAAUUUGGAUGGUAUCAGCCUAAUAAGCAAGUCCUAGCACCCUCAUAAGCUUAACAGUUAAGAAUCCAGACUAUAUCAGUAAAGUCUAGGGUUCGAUAUCCGCUCGCUGGACUAUAUAGUUCUACUAAUAGCAGUCUUCUCGGUUAGUAGGAGGUGAAUGAUGAAUAUUGCUCAUAUUUACAAGAAGUGGCUAAUAUUCUUCAAUAAUCUAAAACCAGCUCACGUCAGAUAUGACUGGGUUCAAAUCUUGUCGGUUCCACAUUUUUGAUAUCUUCUUUAAUUUCCCUGGAACAGUGUAGUAUGUUAUUUUCCCUUGUCACAUAUUAUUUCCGCUGACUGUAAAACUUGGCAUUAUUGUGUUAAGCGAAAUAGUGAAAAUCAUUACAUAACUAUAAUUAUAUAGAUUGAUAUGAUUAUGUAACAUAUAGUGACGGAUGAUUAGUAUUGUAUGUGUUGCGCUUAUCCUAAAUAAUCAGGUUUUCAAUAAUAA